CUCAUCGGAUUCACAAAACAAGGUGAAGGAGAGAUCACUGCUUUUCUUUUUUAGGUGAGGAAAUGAAGUUUGUCAACAUUUGUCAGUCUCCUGUUCUGUGCCAGGACCCAGAGAUGAGUAAGAAACAGCUCUGUCCUGUAGGGUCUCCCCCCGGCAGGUGGAAGAGGAGGGAUCAGCCACCAUCACACAAACCGGUUUCGAAAAAUGCCGUAGGUCCUCACCCCUCAAGGAAAAUAAACGGAACUAAACCACGCUGAGGCCUUUUCACCCACUCUUCCUCCCUACCGCAUGCCAGCCUUGGACUCGGCGCCUCCAGGAAGGAAAGAGCAUAGGCAGGCACUCCAGCCCUGGCCUCGUCGCGAAACAAAGACAGAUUUUGCGGCAGAACUCAGCUGUGACCCGUGGCCUACCCACCACCCACCAUCCACCCAGAGUCCAGAGGCCUAGGGGACCCAGGCUUCAGCGAGGAGGGCUCUGAGGCUAGCAAGAUGAAACAGAUUGUAUUGAGGAAAGAAUCCGCAAGCCUCUCUCUCUCUCUCUCCCUCGACAUUUCCAAUCAACAGGAGAGCAGGCAUCACAAAGGUUUCAAGUAGCCUUUAAUGACACUCCCCUGUCACGAGGGAGAAGACAGAGGCCUUGACUGAACACAACGUCUCCCUCUGACGGUGGGGUUGCCAAUUCCUCCCACCUCAAAUAGGACAAGUUAGAAAUUCAAGGCCAGAGAAAUGCUAGAGUAUUUCUCAGCUGCGCACGGAAUCUGGACAAUGAGGUUCUCUCACGGACUCUGGGGCUGUCCUUCCACUCCCCAUGUCUCAGUUUCCCCAUCUAUUCUACAAAGGAGCUUGGAUGGUCACCGUUCCUGCCUCUUGAGCCUCCUCCAGGUCCCCGCCCAUGCCUGCCUCUGAGUCCCUGAGCAGAAGCCCCAUGUGCCACAUGGCAGAAGACAGCAGAGCGUGUAGCCAGGGAGUCUCCUCGCGUCCCUGGCUGCUAUGCCCCACGUGAAGCCACCAGUCCAUCCCGCCCCCUCAGGAACCAGCAGUGGAACCUGGGCGGAGUGCCCUCGUGGGCCUCUGGGACAGGCAGCAGCUCACGUUGCAACCUCAUGAAUAACUCAGGCCCUCCCCGCUGCCUGCAGCUCCGAGGAACCCAGGUCCCCUGGACCAAGCCCCUCCACUGCUUUAAACUUUAAUAGGCCAAGGCCCAGUGGCAGCUGCGCCGGCUCCGGCAGCCAGGGCAGGAUGUCCCGAGCAGGGGAGCUCGGGCUAAGCUCUCCUGAGAGGAAGCUAACGGGGGGACCCGGUGGGGCAGGCCUGGCGCGCCAGGACUCUCACAGCCAAGGCAGGACGUGAUCAGGCCAGAGCGCCAAGAGUGGCCUCCAGAUUCAGGGGCCUUCACGGGAAGAAGAGUAGGCUGGCGUGACCUGGCAGGGAUCCCAGGUCAAGGUGCAGCUGGGGGCCCCUAGGAGAGCUGUGGGGUAGGGUUACUCGCCCUGAAUCUUCCUGCCCAGAAAUUCCCACUCUGAAGGUGGAGCUCCAACAAAGACACAUCCAAGAGGACUGAGACCUCCAGGGCUUUCCAGGGACAGGCCCCCCUGGGUGCUGACAAUACCCUGGGUAGGCCUGCAUGGACAUCCCCAUCAGCGGCAGAGACUUCCGCUGCCUGCAGCUGGCCUGUGUGGCCCUCAGCCUGGUGGCCGGCAGCAUCAUCAUCGGUGUGUCUGUGUCCAAAGCUGCAGCCGCCGUGGGGGGCACCUUUAUCGGCGCCGCCGGUCUGGGGCAUCUGUCUGUCCAUGCAUCUGUCCAUCUGUAUAUCCGAGCCAGCCCCACUGAUACCCCCACAACGAUGCCGAGUACCAUCCCUUUCCCCACUCGCCUGGGCCAAAAGUGGAGCCAGAAGCACCAGACUGGGCUUCUCAUCUUGGCCUACCCGUUCCUAAAGGCUCGGUUCAACCUGGACCACAUUCUGCCUGCCAUAGGGAGCCUGAGAAUCCACCCCCACCCAGGGCCAGACCAUGGGGAGGGAAGAUCCAGUGCCAAUGGCAAUAAAGAGGGAGCCUGCAGCAGCCUGUCCACCGUGAGCAGAACACUGGAGAAGCUGAAGCCAGGGGGCCGGGGGGCCGGGGAGGGCUGAGGCAGGGGCUAAGGGGCUACACCCUGCCCUCCCUCCCUCCUUCCCUCCCUGCCUGCCCGCUCCCCUGAUCUCACAGCCCUCCCGGGGCCAAACCAGAGGUGAACUGAGCCCUGGAGACACCAGCCCCGCAUUUGCCUGGGCACAGCUCCUGCAAACGGAUUCCACGUAGCAGCACCGGGCAGGGCCUGAAGCACGAUCCUGCUGGAUGUUCCACAGGGGGCCCUGUAUCAGGCUUUUGACCUGGAUUUUCUCUCUGGACUGCAGUUCGCUGUCCUUCUCUUUUUGGUCUACUGACUGGUUUCUCUGGAAUGCGGAGCCACCUCAGUCUCUUGCUCCAGGCUGGCCACAGCAAUGAACCACAGGCCCACAGAAACUACACACGGGAUCCCUCAGCCCUUAAGGCCUGGCCCUGGGCCUCUAGAGUUCACUGGCUAGAUAGAGGGGCUGGACCAGAUUCUUCCAGGUUCUCAAAAACUCUGGGUAACUCCUCAGGGACAGGCUCUUGGCAGCAGUGAGCCAACCAGGAGCACAGCCUGGGCAGACAAAAUCGUCACUGCCAUGACCCAGAGCCCAGGUGAGGCCCCGACCUGGAGGCUUCCAGGAGGAGGCGGCUUCUGAGCGGAGUCCUGUCCUGAGACUAUCGCACGUGACUCCACCCUGCAAGGUUUUGCUGAUCUGACUCCAGACAAGAGCUCCAGGCUUCCCUCUCGUCCCCCACCCUCUCACUGCUCCUGAACAAUCUCAAACAUUCCAGCCUCUGAGCCUUGGCUUGUGUUCCCCUGGAGGCCUCCACUCCUCUCUGCCCCCACCUCAGGUGCCUGGGUGGCUCAGUCGGUUAAGCAUCUGCCCUCAGCUCAGGUCCUGAUCCCAGGGUCCUGGG